CUCACCCACUGCCAUCGAGCGCUCGAACAACAAGCCUUCCAAGCUGAUACACAACCAGGGCCCAGUGGAGAAGAGAGCGAGUGGGAGAGAGAGAGCCAGGAAGACGACGAUGGCGGCGGCGGCCCAGUGGGCGGUGGUCGUGGCGGUGGCGGCGGCGGCGGCGGCGACGCUGGCGGGCGGCGACAUGAACGCGGACAAGACGGAGUGCGCGGACCAGCUGGUGGGGCUGGCGCCGUGCCUGCAGUACGUGCAGGGGCAGGCGCGCGCGCCGCCGCCCGACUGCUGCGGCGGCCUCCGGCAGGUGCUCGGGAAGAGCCCCAAGUGCCUGUGCGUCCUCGUCAAGGACAAGGACGACCCCAACCUGGGCAUCAAGAUCAACGCCACCCUCGCCCUCGCCCUCCCCUCCGCCUGCGGCGCCACACGCGCCAACGCCUCCCACUGCGCCCAGCUCCUGCAUAUUCCUCCGGGAUCGAAAGACGCCGCCGUCUUCAGCCCCGGCGGCGACAAGGGCUCCGCUGCUGCCCCAGCCAAGGACAACUCGACGGCGACGACCGACUCGCGCGGGCUGCAGGCGACCAACGGGGCCGGCCGCGUCUCCUCGGCGGCGACCAACGGCGUUGCGCUUACGGCGCUGCUCGCAGGCUACCUUCUCCUGCUCGUGCCGGAGCUGUCGCCUAGCUCAUUCUAGACCUCUGUCAAGUGCUCCCCCAAGAAAUCACCGGGAUGUGUCAUGCUGUAAUAGUUCGUGACAGAUAACCUGUACGUUCGUGUUGGUGUUGUGCUGCUUUACUGUUGUAUGCUACUGGUGUUAAGCGUACGGGUGUGUAAGCCAAGCUAGACGAUGGGUUUCGCUGGCUUGAAUUUGUUAUACCAGCGCCUCUGGUUUCUGAUCUUUA